GGUUAUGAAUACAGCCGGAGUGGAAACCCCAGCCGGAAUUGCCUGGAGAAGGCUGUGGCAGCACUAGAUGGAGCUAAAUACUGUUUAGCUUAUGCUUCUGGCUUAGCUGCUACUUUGAAUAUUACUCACCUGUUAAAGGCAGGGGACACGAUUAUCUGCAUGGAUGAUGUCUAUGGAGGCACAAACAGGUACUUCCGAAAAGUAGCCGUGAAAAUGGGUUUGAACGUAGUUUUUGUUGACUGUGCAAAUAUGGAAUGCCUGGAAGCUGCAAUUACACCAGAGACCAAGCUCGUUUGGAUUGAAACGCCCACAAACCCCACACUGAAGAUCAUUGACAUUCAGGCCUGUGCAGAUGUAGUACACAAGCAUAAAGAUGUUCUUCUGGUGGUAGACAACACUUUUAUGUCUGCGUAUUUCCAGCGUCCUUUAUCUCUGGGGGCUGAUAUUUGUAUGUAUUCUGCAACCAAAUACAUGAAUGGGCAUAGUGAUGUUGUAAUGGGACUUGUCUCAGUAAACUGUGAUGAGAUCUACGAGAAGCUUAAAUUCCUACAAAACUCUCUUGGAGCUGUUCCAUCCCCCUUUGACUGUUACCUGUGCAAUCGUGGUCUGAAGACACUGCACAUCCGGAUGAAGCAACAUUUCCACAACGCAUUGGCUGUUGCUCGAUUCCUUGAGUCACAUUCCCGGGUGGAGAAAGUCAUUUUCCCAGGUUUGCCCUCACACCCUCAGCAUGAGCUGAUCAAGCAGCAGUGUACUGGCUGUCCUGGCAUGAUCGCCUUUUACAUUAAAGGGAGCCUCAAAAAUGCUGCUGCCUUCCUCAAGAAUUUAAAGGUUUUUGUGCUGGCUGAGAGUCUGGGUGGCUAUGAAAGCCUUGCAGAGCAUCCGGCCAUCAUGACUCACUCCUCGGUGCCUAAAGAAGAUAGAGAAGCUCUUGGAAUCAGUGAUACAUUACUUCGCCUGUCAAUUGGUUUGGAAGAUGAAGAAGAUUUACUGGAAGACAUAGAUCAGGCUCUGAAAGCUGCA